AUGGACAGAGGCCAGCCCCUGCUCUUCCCUGGGUCUUUGGCUCCUCCUGCCAGUGCUCCCCAGGGCCCGAUCCAUCCAGAAGCGGGCCGGCUCUGGUUUCUGCUAUAUAAGCAGAGGAGGACACGCUGGCGUGGAGACCAUUGUACAUCCAGAGCCUGCUCGGCUGGUCCACGGCCUCAGCCGCCUGGGCAGUCCCGUUGCCAGGAAGAACCCCCAGCCCCGCCCUGGGAUCCUGCACCUGUGUGGCUGUCCGUGGUCUCCGUGGUCUUCGUCGGAUCGUGAGGAGGAAGCCGAGAUGCCCUGUAUCCAAGCCCAGUAUGGGACACCGGUGCCCAGCCCAGGACCACGUGACCACCUGGCAAGCGACCCCCUGAGCCCCGAGCUCAGCAAGCCCACCAUGGACCUGGCCAGCCCAGAGGCGGCCCCUGCAGCCCCCACUGCCCUGCCCAGCUUCAGCACCUUCAUGGACAGCUACACGGGGGAGUUUGACACCUUCCUCUACCAGCUGCCGGGAACAGCUCAGCCGUGCUCCUCGGCCUCCUCCUCGGCCUCCUCCACGUCCUCGUCCUCGGCCACCUCCCCCGCCUCUGCCUCCUUCAAGUUCGAGGACUUCCAAGUGUACGGCUGCUACCCUGGCCCCCUGAGCGGCCCCCUCGACGACGCUCUGUCCAGCGGCUCCGACCACUACGGCAGCCCCUGCUCAGCCCCGUCGCCAAACACGCCCAGCUUCCAGCCACCCCAGCUCUCUCCCUGGGACAGCUCCUUUGGCCACUUCUCCCCCAGCCAGACUUACGACGGCCUGCGGGCAUGGACAGAGCAGCUGCCCAAGGCUGCCGGGCCCCCACCGGCCUUCUUUUCCUUCAGCCCCCCGACGGGUCCCAGCCCCGGCCUGGGCCAGAGUCCCCUGAAGCUGUUCCCGUCGCCAUCGCAGGCCACCCCCCAGCUCGGGGAGGGAGAGGGCUACUCCAUGCCAGCGGCGGCUUUCCCAGGCCUGGUGCCCACCUCCCCACACCUCGACGGCUCGAGGAUGCUGGACACGCCGGCGACCUCAGCCAAGGCCCGGAGCGGGGCUCCAGGUGGCAGCGAGGGCCGCUGCGCUGUGUGUGGGGACAAUGCUUCGUGCCAGCAUUAUGGCGUUCGCACCUGCGAGGGUUGCAAGGGCUUCUUCAAGCGUACAGUGCAGAAAAACGCCAAGUACAUCUGCCUGGCAACCAAGGACUGCCCUGUGGACAAGAGGCGGCGGAACCGCUGCCAGUUCUGCCGCUUCCAGAAGUGCCUGGCCGUGGGCAUGGUGAAGGAAGUUGUCCGGACAGACAGCUUGAAGGGGCGGCGGGGCCGGCUACCUUCGAAACCCAAGCAGCCACCCGAUGCCUCGCCUGCCAAUCUCCUUACCGCCCUUGUCCGCGCGCACCUGGACUCGGGGCCCAGCACGGCCAAACUGGACUUCUCCAAGUUCCAGGACCUGGCGCUGCCCUGCUUUGGGAAGGAAGACGCCAGGGACGUGCAGCAGUUCUACGAGCUGCUCUCGGUGUCCCUGGAGGUCGUCCGGAAGUGGGCCGAGAAGAUCCCUGGCUUUGCCGAGCUGGUGCCGAGCGACCAGGACCUGCUGCUGGAGUCGGCCUUCCUGGAGCUCUUCGUCUUCCGCCUGGCGUACCGGUCUAAGCCGGACGAGGGCAAGCUCAUCUUCUGCUCUGGCCUGGUGCUGCACCGGCUACAGUGUGCCCGCGGCUUCGGUGACUGGAUCGACAGCAUCCUGGAUUUCUCACGCUCCCUGCACUCCUUGGUUGUGGACGUCCCUGCCUUUGCCUGCCUGUCCGCACUCGUGCUGAUCGCCGACCGGCACGGGCUGCAGGAGCCACAGCGGGUGGAGGAGCUGCAGAACCGCAUCACCGGCUGCUUAAAGGAACACGUUGGGGACAGCUGCCUGUCCCGCCUGCUGGGCAAGCUGCCCGAACUGCGAUCCCUGUGUACCCAGGGCCGGCAACGAAUCUUCUACCUCAAGCUGGAGGACCUGGUGCCCCCUCCGCCCAUCGUGGACAAGAUCUUCAUGGACACGCUGCCCUUCUGACCUGGCCCCAGGACACGCGUGCGCCCAUGCGUGCACGCCACCCCAUGUGCCUUCAGCCCCGAAGCCUGGCCUUUGAACUACAGACUGACUCACCUCCUCACCUGCUCGGAAGGGGCGUGUGUUCACAGUGGGGGGGGGUGACCCCAACUAUGAUGUCUUACCCGAGCCCUGCUCUGGCCUUCAUGGUUUUUUUUUUUUGUAAGAUAAACCGUUUUUAACACACACCGCCGUGCUGUAAAUAAGCCGAACAUUGCUGUAUAUACAGGAGGGCAGAGGUUGAGGUGGGAGGAAGGGCCGGGGGGCCCCCCAGCCUGGGCCAACCUUUCCAGCCUCCUACCACUUGGGGGUCCCUUCUGCUCCUCCUUCCACAUGUACAUAGCCUGUCACUCGAGGGAGAAGCCAAAUGACACAUUCUGACAUUUAUAUUUGUGUAUUUUUCUUGGAUUUGUAGUAUGUGACUUUUCUGAUUAAUAUAUUUAAUAUAUUGAAUAAAAAAUAGACAU